UGGCUGCCUACUGCAUGACAAACGCGUGGUUUAAGUAGAACGACAGACAUGAGUUUGACUUGGGCACAUUAAGAGGGAAUUGAGACCAGAGUCGCGCUAAGAUGGCAGAAGUAGUCCAAGAAAAGGCCCGGGGACUCAAAUUUGCAGAACAACAGCUUCUUCGUCACGGAUGGAUACAAGGUAAAGGUCUUGGGCGUGAUGAGAAUGGAAUCGCAGAAGCCAUCAAAGUCAAAGUCAAGUGUGACAAGGGUGGAGUGGGUCAUCAGCAAGGUGAGCAGUUCACUUUUCAUUGGUGGGAUCAUGUUUUCAACAGGGCCUCCUCCAGUCUUACUAUUGAGUCCAACCAGGAAGGCGUGUCGGUGAAGAAAGUAGCGGGUGAGGGGGAUGAGGAGGGAAUGAUAUCAAACAAGAAGCCCCGCAAGGCCAAACUGGCGAAGACUAUGCUCUACGGAUGCUUUGUCAAGUCAGCCACACUGCUGUCUGGCAAGGAGCAGCCUGAACAGAAAAGCUUCAGCUCAGAGGACAGCAGCAGCAGCAGCUCAGAGGAUGAGGACCAGAAACUGGAUUUGUCAACCACAACCAAGUUGUCUGAUGAAGAUCUUAUGAAAGCAUGUGGAGGACGCACUGCACACAAAGGAGCCAGACAUGGCCUAACCAUGAGUGCCAAGCUAGCAAGACUGGAGCAACAGGAGCAGGAGUUCAUGGCAAAAUACGGCAAAAAAGACCACGAAUCAGUGACCUCUGCCUGUGAACGCUCCGCCCACUCCACAGACAAGAACCUUGAAGUCCAACAGGACACAACAGGGAAGACCAAAGACAAAAAACAAAAGAAAAAAAAGUAUAACGCCAACGAACUCUUACAGAAUGAAGUCCCAGUGGAGGCCUCUGAGAAUAAUGAAGAUGGGACCAGAAAAUUGAAAAAGAAGAAGAAUCCAAAAGAAGCAGUAGAGCUUGAUUCAGGCAAAAUUCACAAUCUUGCAGUCCACGACAAUGACGCGACUCGGACCGAGGUGAAGAAGAAGAAGAAGAAGAAGAAAAACAUGGCCACACUAGAGGAGGGCAUUAAUGGCCAUGGCCUCGUUGUGAGUGGAGACCCUGCAGACAGUACAGACCAUUAUGUGAAAGAGUCAGGUGAGCAAGCCAUAUCUGAAAUCAGCUCACACCUGCUGGCAGAUAACAGUGUUUCUAAGAAGAAGAAGAAGAAGAAAAAGAAAGACCCUUCAGAGAAGGUGGUGGUUUCUGAAGAUAUAAACGGGGAAAACAUGGCGAGUGAAGGUCCUGCAGAUACCACAAAGAGCUCUGAGUCAAGUGAGGACUGCACCACACACCAGCUGACAAAUGGGAUCAGCUCAAAGAAGAAAAAGAAGAAAUCCUCCAAACACGAACAGGAGGUUCCCAUGAUUCCAGAUAAACCUGCUGUUUUGGAGACAAACGUAGAGGAACCAGGUUCUAAAAAGGAAGAACUUUUGAUUAGUGCUGCGGAGGAGGAACAGGUGAAAGAGAAAUCAAAAGUGAAAAAAAGGAAAAGAUGUCGAGUCGAGAUUGAGGGAGUAGAGAACGACACGCGAGAAGAACCCGCCCUGAGGAAAAAGAAAAAGAAAAAAACGAGAGAAGACAGCACAUGAUAUGUAUGGAAAUUAACAAAUUGCUGAAUUUUUAUGAUAAAUUCAUGCGAGUAAGGACUAAGGAGUGAACAGAUCCUGUUCUCAGUACAACUGUGGUGCCUAGAAUUGUUAACAUUUGAAAUUUCCGUAUGUCAUUUAUGAUGUGUCUGGCCAGUAAUGGCUGAGUGACAAUAUAAACAAAAG